ACAGCUACCUACCUCCGGGCCACUGACACGAGACUCCCUGCCGUAUCCCGUCACACUUGACCGCGAACUUUUCGAGUCUUUCCAUGCCUUUACAACCCUUGGAUAUCCCUUCUUCUUCGAUCCUGCGUUCUCUAAGCACCUGAGAUAUCUGGCACACGACCAACGACACCCGUACCGCCAUGUCGUAUUCAUGGGUCGGGGCUCCUACCCCGUUCAAUGGUACCGACGAGCAUACCGGCGGCGAUUCCGGUAAGCCUUUCUGCGUCCAACAUCUCUUACAAGUUCAGGAGAUUAAUAAGGGGGGGUUGGAUAGCCGUCGAGAAUCUAAACCAGUGGUACCAAUCCGGCGACCAGGCGUUCAUCAUCAUUGCUUCGUGCAUGGUGUUACUCAUGAUCCCCGGCAUCUCAUUCCUCUACUCCGGACUCGCUCGAAGAAAGUCGGCCCUGUCCCUCAUCUGGGUCUGCAUGAUGUCCUUCAGCGUCAUCGUGUUCCAAUGGUACUUCUGGGGGUACUCUCUAGCCUUCAGUAGCACUGGUACCAGCGGCUUUAUUGGGAACCUGAAGCACUUCGGCCUCAUGAACACACUCGGCAAGCCAUCUCCGGGCUCCCCCCUGAUUCCCGAACUCCUAUACUCUUUCUAUCAGGUCAGGACGAUCCCACCGCCCCUUUUUUUUCUAUAUACCUUCAGGUAGGGGACACUGAUGCUGACCCUGUGAGCAGAUGCAAUUCUGCGCCGUCACUUGCGCCCUCGUCGUGGGAGCCACAGCCGAGCGUGGCCGUGUUAUUCCGGUGAUGGUG